CAAGAAACCAACGCAGUGACCCUGAAGCUAGGCCGUCUAUUUAGCCUUGUUCGACCAUGACUGAGAUCCAAAAAUAAUCUUAGAUAGCGAAAGUGGUGUCGUUGGGAGCAGGCCCUAUGUCGCCUAUAUAGAUUGCUUUCACUUCUGAGUACCAUUCGCCGGAGCUAUGGCAUCCGCAUAACGGCCUGUCCAAUGUCCCGGGACUGCUCGUCCUGCGGUGGCGGGCCCAGCCGCCGUGUUUGUGCGGUGAUGAUGACUGUUAAGAGCCCCGUCUACACGUUUCGCUGUUGGAACUAUUUGCCUUGCAAUGCGUAUACGGCCCUCUGCCGGCCUUGCCAUGCCCCAUCUCGUGUUCCUACGAGCUCAGUAUUGUGACAGGUUGGCGUCAACCGCAUGGCGACGCCCCAAAUAUUGCGACAGAGUUGCGGGCGGGAUCUACGAACCGGUGCUCAGGACACGUUGUGCCAAAGUAGCCUCUGCCAGGGGCCCUCGCCAGCCAUGCUGUCCGUUCCCUCCUGGGGGCCCUUGCAGCCUCGCCCUCCCUUGCACCUGGGCGCGGGACCACUGUCGAUUUGCGACUGGGUGCGGGCCGAGUUGGUCCAGUGCUGACCUCGGUGCGUCAAUAUGUUGUGUAAUGUGUAUACUAUUCUCAAAGUUGAUGGUCGCGUGGGUCUAGUGUAAGGAUAUGAGCAUGUGUAGUUAGACAUGCUCACACAGCA